GUUAAACAACUCAAUCAAGUGGGCAUCCCGUUGGGAUUACAUUUUGGAAUCCACACCGCAUAAAAGUAUCCAAUGGUUCAGGUUCGUAUACCAUUGCAUGUUCACAAGCUUGAGAACAAUACUAUCGUGGACAUUGGACAUGACUCACAUGAGCUGCAUGCAGUAUUUUCAUUUCAAAUACGUCUAGUGUUGUGGCAAUGUGUGUCCACCAAAAAUGGGGCUAAUCACAUUGUAGCAGAAUUCAAGAUUUCUAUUUGAUUGAUGUUUUUUUGGCAAUAUGCACCGUGGAGGAUACGUUUAUUGUUUGUUUAAAAUAAUUCUUGAUUUCUGAUUGGCUAACACCCAACGGUGAAGAUACCAUUUUAACUAAAUGGCUGACCAAAUCUGGAGUUGUGAGCUGUGACAUCAAUACGAUUAAAAACAGUUCCUGCACGUAUGACAUCAACUGGUGCAAUAUGCAUGACGUCAUGCCAUUAAUUAAUGCAAUGUUGCAUUAAUGACUUCUCCUUCGUCCGCUUGCUGAUUUUGGGAAAGCAAAAUUUUAAAUUUUAAUCUAUACAAAAUCCUUCUGCAGUACUAUAAUAAGUAGCAAUUUAGUAUUAAAUUUAAUAUUAUAUUUUGUAAUAUUCUUAUUACUAGCAUUAUGAAUUCUCUGGUGAUUGUUCUCUUCCUAUCUGGCAUUGUGGCAAUGAUUAUGUUGAGAACCUUACACGAAGAUGUUGCUCGAUAUUGCCAACUGGAAACCUGCGUAAGUUGCACAUUAUACAGUAUAGAUUUGGGUAAAUUUGUGUGCAUGCUACUCAAUUACAGUCAAACGCAUGUUCUCUUGCGAGCAACAUUGCAAUAUUGUCCCACAAUAUUGCAAUUUUGAUAGGGAGAUUGCUCUGAGCAAUUUGAAACGGACGCGAACAAAUUGCAAGUUGAAAUUCACAAAAGAUUUGUAAACAAAGCCUCUGAUUGGACUAUUAGAAAGAGGGAAGCACCAAUCCAGUUGCUCAGACUAUUUGAUUGGCUUCCCUCUUUCUUAUAAUCCAAUCAGAGGCUUUGUUUACAAAUCUUUUGUGAAUUUCCAACUUGCAAUUUGUUCGCGUCGGUUGCAAUUUGCUCAGAGCAAUCUGCCUCUCAAAAUUGCGAUAUUGUGUGACAAUAUUGCAAUAUUGCUCGCAAGAGAACAUCCGAUUUGACUGUAAGGGGUUGUACUUUCACUCAAAAUUGCGAGACCAUAUAUUUUUUUGGCUGACAUCUGUUACUAAUUCACCCAUUCACAAUCUCCUCCACCAAGUGGUAUUAAAGGCACUGUUAUAUGUUAAUUAAAUUAAAUUUAAUUAUAAAACAAGAUGGGCAACAGCAGGAAGCGGUUAAAAUAUGGGUCAAAAAUAUAAUCCCAAGCAUUAAGAAUUUACGGGGAAAUUAUAAAAGGUCUCUGUAGCUAUUCUCAACUUUCUUUCAUGAAUGAAUUUGGUCAAACACAAUUUUGCCUUUAGAAACGCAUCAUUUGCAGCCCUUGAAACUCAGGUCCACACUCGGCAGCCGCCGAUUUAGUUGGGAACUGCAUACAAAGCAUUUUACUGCUAUAGAUUUUGGUGGGCAAAACCUUGCCGAACUACUUUAAAAAUCAUCACAGCAAUUUUUACAUGAACGCACUUUUCACAUACACGUUUUGUAGGAAAACUAUUUACUACAAUUUUCAGUUGAGCGUGAAUGUGGCAUAGUUGUGUCGCAAUGUUUCGACAACAAUAGGGUUUUGUUCGCCAAUGAUAGAUAUAAAUUAAAUCAAUUUUUGGCGACGUAAGUAUAGAUUGAGAAUUAUCGUUUUCAGUUCGGCAAUUGCUGGCCGACAUGUGUUGGUUGGAAACUUGUUCAUGGUGAUGUUUUCCGUCCUCCUGGCAAAGGCAUGCUACUCUCUGUCAUGUUGGGUACUGGUACUCAGGUUGUCACCAUGACUUCAAUAACACUUGGUAAGAUAGGUUUAAACCUAUUUUAUAUAAUAACUACAGUGAAACACGCAAUUUGAUUGCAGAUCAAUAGCCGUGCAGGAUCAGGCUAUCCUGCACUAGGAAUUAAAAUGCCUUUCGCGGGAUUUUCGGUAAACAAUUACCAAAUGGUUUUCCAAGCAGGAUAGCGUGAUCCAUGCCCUUGGGAUGUUGCUGGACUUUCGGAAAGCAUAAAAAUACACUCGCCUGCGGCUCGAGUAUUUUUACGCUUUCCGAGAGUCUCGCGACAUCCCUCGUGCAUGGAUCACGCAAUCCUGCACGGAAAACCAUUCGGUAUUCCUUUAUUAAUGCAUAGAAAGCACAAUUUCUUUUGCUAAAAUUAAAGAGAUUGAUUACAUAUCUAAUAUGUCUCAGCCAAGAACUCAUUAUCCCCGAGCCAACGGCGCGGAGCGCCGUUCUGGGCGUAAGCCCGGGGCGAGGGUACUAAUUCCUCCCGGCUAUUUACAUCCGGGGAAAGGAACAGAGACGUCGCUAUAGGGGGGGGGGGUGUAACACCCCCCCUCAAUAAUUCAAACGUUGGUCAAAGUUGGUCAAAAUGGAAGUGAUAUUUGCCCAAAGUUGGUCAAAAUGGAACUGAUAUUUGCUUAAAAUUGAAGGUAAAACUGGGAAAAAUUUGGUAAAAGUUUGGGAUAAAAGAUGGUCGAAGUUGCCCAAAGUUAUGAAAUGGUUCGCAAUUUUAACAAUUUUAAAGCUUUUUGUUACGUUUGCUAUGAAAAAAUUGGAAGUUUUGGUCAUCUUGGUCGAAAAAUUUUGAAUUUGCUUAUGUUGGUCCGGAAAAAUGUGUUUGUAGAAAACGGUGAUUAUUUUCGCUUUAUUCGUCGUAAAAGGGUUUAAAAACACGCUCGAAAAACUACAUAUUUUUCCUUUAUUUUAUGUUCCAAAAAAAUAUCUCGUCAACAAAACAAGAAAAACCGGUUUUAUCUAAUUAUGUAAAAUUACUGUAACGUAAACAAGUCUGCGAUCACGUGAAUGUCACGAUUGUUACAGUGUUUGACUAUGCUUAUGUUAGUCCAGAAAAUUUUUUAACUCCCCCCCCCCAUUUUUACGACUUGGUCAAAAUCCUAGGAAAUGGUAAAAACAUGACCCCCCUAAUGUUGAUGGCUUCGCUGGAAAGGAACACGCUAGCGGAGUCUAAAGUUGAUCAAUAUCGUGGGCGCAUGACUAUGAUCCAAGGGUGAACCAGUCACUGGGGUGGACCUCCUCACUGAUCUCAAAAAUAUUGCGGAUUGCCAGGAGUGAGAAAAGCAAGAUUUCAAUUUUCAAAGACAAAUAUUUGGAAAAUCGUUUUAUAUACAAGAGCAGUGAAGCAAUUUUUGUUUGAAGAAAUAAGAAGAAUUUGUUUACUAUGAGAAAUCGUGAUAUAUGGGGCAAGUUUGCUUUGAGUGUUUAAUGUUUAUGAAUAUUGUUGCUUUACGGCUUUACUUUUUGCCUAAAACAUGAACUGUAUUCCUUUCGAACAAAGCUUCCCAAAUUACCCUGUGUUCAGUGUUGGCCAUUCCUGCAUACUUCAUGUUAAUUCAAUGUUUGGAAAUAUAGGCGAGGGGUUACUGCAUGCAUGUAUUUUUAGUAUAUAUAUAUAUAUAUAUAUAAUAAUAUGUUUCUUGUCUGUAACUUUCUUCCUUGAUCAUUACAUAGUGUUUGCUUGUCUUGGAUUCCUAUCACCAGCAAAUCGUGGAGCACUAAUGACUACUGUUUUGGUAAGCCUCCUUAAAACAGCUGUAUAUUAAGAACUCAUUACAUGUAAAUGUAGUUACUCCGUGUUGGUCAACACUAGCAAGCUGACUGAGAUCGCUUGAGGGCGUUGAGAACCUAGACCGCGGUCCUUCGGUUUUCUGGUUCACUCCCCUACCACUCGGAACAUUACAGUAUAUUGCCUCUGUAUUCAAUGAGGUAGCUACGGAUUGAAAGGUACAACUAGCUACCUUAAAAAUAUAAUCAGAACUUCCGAUCGACGUUUCGAGCAAAGACCUUCGUCGGAAAGUUAAUUUGUAAUAUACUGUACAGUAUAUGUGUGGAGUGUGUGGGGCCUCAGUGGCACAGUAGUGGAGUUUCGGUGGCGCUGUCGUCAGAACAAGCGCCUUUCAUCUCUGAGAUCCUGGCUUCGAUUUUCCCUACGGACUCAUGUGAAAAGUGUCUGUCAUCGUUCUGCUGAAAGUCGUUGGUUUGCUCCUGGCUCUCCAGUUUCCUCCCACAGGGAAAGUUGAGAGGAUGGAUUAGGAUAACAGUUAGAACUGCAAUAUCACAAUUGUAAAGAUAAAUUGUCUAAGCUAAGUAUAAGUAGUACAGGUAAGCAUAAUACUUGAUGUAAUUGGUCACUGAAAAGUGUAAAGCCCCCAAAGGUCAUGGGGAGUGAACCGAAUAAUGAUAAUGUAUGAAACUAGAAUUUGACCGUAUUAUGUAAUGACGUGUUUAACCCAAUGUAGGUAUUGUUUGUCUGCCUUGGUGGAUUUGCCGGAUAUGUUGCGGCCCGAAUCUACAAAUGUAAGUUUAUAUACGGUCGAAGCUGUAUUAAUAAGCCAUGCUUGUAUAAGGAAUUGUUUUUAGUCAAUUCAAUGUCAUGUAUAUAUGUACGUAUUCAUGUUCUGUUUGUUUCUUCUGUAGUAUUUGGUGGUGAACGAUGGAAAACCAACGUCGUAAUGACUUGCUUUUUGUUUCCGGGGUAUGUAAUCGUAUUAAUAGUAAUUUAUCUCUAUAAUUUUCUCGCGCGAAUCGACAAUAUUCUCUAAUUUGGAGAUGAGCUGAUUAAUCCGAAAUUUGAAAUAAUCGGUCAUGUCCAGAAAUCCCGGACAUAAUUUAUUCUAACUCCAUGAAAAUUUACAGAUCACUUUGAAAUAUGGCUUUAACUGUAACCAGUAAAUUGUACAACGCGAUGAGGUAAAUCGCAAAAUCUAAGAAUAUGGUAGAUCGUUUGCAAAUUGCCGAAGUCGCUGGUGCUAAAUCGAAGUUUGUCGAUGUAUCUUGUGUAAUUUUGGCCUGGUUUAACUUGCUGUUUUUCCCGCUUUUUAGUUCAUUCCUAGUGCGGUAUUUUUAUAUAUAUAGAGUUAAAUAGACAAAUGCAGUUAAAAUUAACUUCGGUACAAAUAUAGAAAAAGCAGGAAAGGUAGUAACUUAAAUCAGGCUAAUUUUACACUAAAUUCUUCGACAGGCUUUGUUUUGCAUCCAGCUGACCAUAGUUUUAAAUUCAGGGAAAGAUUAUUAUUAUAACCGGAUGUUAUUGGACUCUUAGCGGAACAUACGUGUUAGGGUUUCCAUCAAAUUUUCAAGUUGCAAAUCGUCAACCUAACAAAUUUCGUACAUGAUUUUAUACAACUCUUUUCCAAUUGUUUAAGAAGGAAAUAAACGAACUAACCUAACGCACAUGCAGUCGUCUAUUAUGACUGGCAACAACGAUAAUCGGUAGAUGCCAAUUAAUUAAUCCGCCGAUUAUUCAGUAUAAUUACACUGUAGUCUUCAAAUAAUCUUCAACUAGUCGGCAUUAUGAUCAAUCCUUAAUUCAAAUACAUGUAUCAAUACAUGUAUCAAUCCUUAAUUCAAAUAAAUGUAUAACGGUUUAAAGUCAUAAAACCUUUGCUACACAGCCUUACGUCAUUGUUAGAUUAGGAUUCGGACUAUGGUUUGGAUAUGGGUUAGGAUGGGGAAAAGGAGUGGGAUAAAGAUUGUAUAAAGAUGAGAUAUUGUUAUAUAGUUAGUGUCAAAGUUCAAUUUUUCUGUUUGCCGAUUGGUCAAAACCGUAUCACGUGCCGGUCCACAAAACGUCAUGUUCACUGCAUGCUUUGACGAGAAGGCAACCUGUCAACAAUGAAACAUUUAUUGACCGGUCCACAAUAGAAUGGGUGCAAUGCGCGUCAACCAUGAAGUUCCAAAGUUCAUUUUUUAAACUUUUUAUUAAACAUUUACGGCGUUCCAUUUAUCCAGUUUUGGUUUCAAAUUAAAUCCACUCCAAUAAACGGUGAAUUAUUCAUAUUUUGACACGUAUAUACUAUAUAACAAAACACUUAUUUACUGAGACCUCGGGAAACAGUGUGUUUUGUGGCCCCUCGACAGCCGUCAUUGCCUCUGUUUCGCCUCGGGCAACAGUGGCGGGUUCAAAAAACACACUGUUUCCCUCGGUCUCAGUAAAUUGAUAAUUGCAUGUUUAAGGAUAAUAAAAUUGUUCUACUGAGUGUAUAAAAUAAUAUCUGAUGCAAAGAAAUUGACCGAUUCAAAGAAGUGUAACGUGUUUCUGGCUGCCAUUUGGUGUAAUCUACCCGUAUAUACAUCUUACUCUCAGUAUCUUUUAAAUAGAAUCAUCUUCGCAAUUUUCUUUGUGUUAAACUUGGUAUUGUGGGCCGAACAGUCUUCUGCUGCCAUUCCAUUUGAAACAUUAAUCACUUUACUUGCCUUGUGGUUUGGAAUCUCUGUCCCGCUCGUAUGUGUUGGAGCGUAUUUUGGUUUCCGAAAGCCAGUAAGUUAUGAAUUGUUUCAGUAUACAGGGUGGUUAUCGAAAUUUAGGGUCAUUUUGUUCGGUACAACUAAUAAAUGGGCUUUUUGUAGAUGGAAAAUUCACUGUAUGUACAUUUUUAGUCCUAUAUACUGUGACUAGGAGCAGUUUCGAAAAAUGCAACACUGGUUUGAAUCUGGGAGGAAACGAGAAAUUGCGUGAGAACACGAGCACGAAGUGCGAGUUUUUCCACGCAAUUUCGAGUUUCUCGCAAACUUCCACAACUGUUUCUAUAUAUAACUUUAUCGCAACACGGAAAAAAUGUUUUCUAUUUCGUUUAUUAAAUAGCCUUUUAAAAACAAUAAAAAAGAUAAAUUUAUUGAUUUAAUUACAUUCAUUCAUUAUCUUAUACGUUCGUGCAUAAAAGGAUAAUUAAAGUGCCCAUGACAUGAAAUUUUGGUGUAUGAUUUGAUACUUUUUGAUGCGCUGAUUAUCGUGGUAAUAUUUAUUUUUUAAUCACAAUGCGAGAAAAUGCUUGUAUUUGGGUACAGCCAUUAGAAUUUUUAACAAACAUUUUCCAGGAGACUGGAACCUAGUGUGACGUCACACGUUAGAGUCAGCACUGACUUUCAGUCUCUUGUAAACAAGUUCUAUACAAAAGUUAACACUUUGGCUUUAGUGUUUUAAACACAAUUUCUGCAGUUUUGACAUGUCUUUCCAUUUCACAAAGGAAAGGUAGAUCUAAAAUGUAUUUGGAAGUGCGUCUUUGUACGCGUUUUAAGCGAGCGAUGAGGUCGAUGGUUUGCGAAGACCAAAUUUGUGUCGCAUAUCCCAUUUGCGAUCGAACAAGUGUUAUACAGCUAUUUCAAUUAAGGUUGUCCACGAGCAAAGCGGGAAAGUCGAAUACGAGCGCGAAAGGCUGCUGGGAAUCGCUAACAAAUUAAUGAAUUUUCAAAGCGAUUCCCAUUCCCAUUUCGCGCUCGUAUUCGACUUUUCCGUUUUGCUCGUGAACAACCUUAAUUGAAAUAGCUGUAUAUAGUGUCCGACGGGCUUUACAGUUCUUGAUUGUUCUUGUUGAUCUUUUGAUGAAACCCAACAUUUUAUUUGCUGUUGAGCGUUGUUCCAAUACCUGUUUGUGCCAAGUCAAAUUGUUUGAUAUCCAUACGCCGCUCAUUUUCAACGUUUUCUAAUAUGCUAUCUUGUAAAGAGUACAUGGAUACUUGAUCUUCCGAUGUUUUCGGGUGACUCGCAGAGCUUUACAUUUGGAAGUGUUUAAGUGAAGACCCACAUCUGAAGAACUUGAUUAAAAAUUACUCGGGUCCUCCUGUAAGGAUGCAGCAUCACCGAUAUUAUGGAUUUCUUUGAAGAUUUUAGUGUUGUUAGCGUAUGUUGCAAUGGAUGAAUUCUUCAUAUAACAAAAAUAACACCAGUCCGAGAAUAGAGCCCUGAUGCACCCCUGAUGUUAGUUGACUAGGUGAAGAUGUUGCACCGAGGAUGGUUGUUUGUUGACGACGAUCUUGUAUGUAGGAGCGAAACCAGUUGAGAAUGUUACUCCAAAACCAAAUUCACAGAGACGAAGAAGAAGAAGAUGUUUAG